AUCCAACUAUGAGAAAAAUGACAUUCCAACUACUAUGAGCAAGGGUCGGAAAUAUAUUGGAACUUACUAUGAGCAAAAUGACAUUCCACGUUAGUAGUAGCCAGAAUAGAAAAAUCAAAGGAGAAACCAGAGAGCAAAAUGGCGGUACUUCUGAGAAACUUCCCCACUACCACUUCCUUUGGCCAUAGUGCACAUCUGACUUCUCCUCCACCUUCUCCUGACUCUUUUCAGUUUGUGAUUUUCCUCCGUUAAUCGAAGCUUGCCCAUUUCUCCCUUUUUAUUAGUGCUUUUCCAACCAUUUCUCUCCCGAUAAUCUCAAAGCUUCAUAGCAGGAUCUCACAACGUUCAUCCCAACAGAACCGGAACAACCGCCAAGGGGGAAGCAAUUCAGAUUAGCCUCUCCGCCGUAUUUGUGCUCCCUGUCUCUGCUGCCACCAAGCAGGUAUUGGAUUGGAGUUCGGAAGUCCUGAUUUCCAUUUUUCCCCCACUUCUCCUUUUACCUUGAUCUGUUCGCUCAUCUUUCGGGAAAUAGGUUUAAAGGUUGCAACUUUAUGGUGUUUGUUGCACUUCUCUGAACUGGGUGCUGGUGGGGUUUUUUGCUUUUGGUUACUGGAUCGAUAAAUUUGGUUCUCUGCUGAAAGUCUUCUCCUUUCUUGUGUUUCUGUUGGCGUGUAGAUAUGGGAACUGUGGAUGAGAAAGUGGAAGUUGCAAUUGAAUCUGGUGAUGAGGAGAUUGAGAUCCUGUUCAGUGGCACCUCCUCACCAACAAGGAGGAAAGCAGUAAAUUUUGAUUUGGAGAGUGAGACAUCGCCACUGAGUUCAUCCAAUCACUCCCAUAUGAAUACUUCUUCUGAUCAUUUGACCAACUCCUGGAUUGUCAAGCGGAUGGAGAUGAGCCCUUUCAGGACAUUUUACAUUGUUUUGAUCAGAGCCAAGAUCAAUAUCUUGCUCCCUUUUGGUCCCCUAGCAAUCUUGCUUCAUUACCUCACUGGAAAGCAUGUAUGGGUUUUCUUCUUUAGUUUAGUGGGGAUUAUACCUCUCGCCGAGCGGUUGGGCUAUGCAACUGAGCAGCUUGCAUUCUACACUGGACCAACAGCCGGUGGUCUUCUGAAUGCAACCUUUGGAAAUGCCACUGAAAUGAUAAUAUCCAUUUAUGCACUAAAGAGUGGAAUGGUUCGAGUUGUUCAGCAAUCUCUGUUGGGGUCCAUCUUGUCUAAUAUGCUCUUGGUGCUUGGAUUUUCCUUCUUCACUGGUGGGAUUGUACAUUGUAAGAAGGUUCAGGUUUUCAAUAAGGCAGCUGCUGUAGUGAAUUCUGGACUAUUAUUAAUGGCUGUGAUGGGGAUAAUGUUCCCAGCCGUGCUUCACUUCACACGCACUGAAGUUCAUUUUGGGAAGUCAGAAAUGGCACUUUCAAGAUUUAGUAGCUGCAUUAUGCUAGUGGCUUAUGGAAGCUACCUCUUCUUCCAACUUAAGAGUCAGGAUAAUCUUUACAACCCUAUUGAGGAGGUAGUGAAUAAUGAUCAAGAAGGUGCCGAUGAAGAAGAAGCACCGGAAAUAACUCAGUGGGAGGCAAUUGGUUGGCUUGCAGUUUUGACUUUGUGGAUCUCUGUGUUGUCUGGAUACCUUGUUGAUGCCAUCCAGGGAGCUUCUGAGUCACUGAAUAUGCCUAUGGCUUUUAUAAGUGUGAUCCUACUUCCUAUUGUGGGAAAUGCAGCUGAGCAUGCAAGUGCCAUAAUGUUUGCUAUGAAGGACAAGCUUGACAUCAGCCUUGGAGUUGCUAUUGGGUCCUCGACACAGAUUUCAAUGUUUGUGAUCCCAUUCUGUGUCGUCCUUGGGUGGAUAAUGGGCCAACCGAUGGACUUGAAUUUUCAACUCUUUGAGACUGCUACCCUCUUCAUCACUGUUCUAGUGGUGGCAUUCAUGUUACAGGAAGGAACCUCUAACUACUUUAAAGGCCUUAUGCUCAUCCUGUGUUACCUUAUAGUCGCCGCAAGUUUCUUCGUGCAUGUUGAUCGUUCAAGUGAUGAUGACUAGGGAGCAGACUUGGUCCGUGGGAGUAACCGUCGAGAAGAGUGGAUGACAGUUCUGUAUUACACAUGGAAAGGAGGAGCAGUUCUUACAAAGCUGGGAUUUGGUUUCUUGAACCAACACUGGUCACGGUUGAACCGGGUUUGUAGUAUGCCCCUUCGAUAAAGCUAUCCUGCGCCAGAAACCCAGCAUUCCUGCUGAUCUGAUACUAGACCAUCAUUGCAUUCUUCUUUGCCAGCUUGGUUGUGACCGAGCUCGACAUGUUGGUAGCUACAACUGCCUACCUGACAGUUCUGCUUCGCCAAAGAUCCGGCUGCUGCAGUUGUGACAAAACUUAUUACCUUAACCCCCAAUAUUCUAACUGUUCUGUGCAUGUCAAUCUCUGAGGCCUCUGAAGCUGGUCAUGAAACAUUGCUCCCAGAAAGAUAGAUCGAUGGGAACCAAAAACUGUGACGCUUUAGAUCAUGCCGAGAAAGUUAGGAUUGUAAUCCUUGUAAAGAAGAAAAUAUCUACACUUUUUUCUGUUUUCUGCCCUUCCAUGAUUCUAGUUCAAUAUCCUCAAAGUGUUUACAUGAAAACUUAAAAUCGUUUCAUGACCUUAAAGCGUAAAAGUAUAAGCU